AUGCAAAUUCCUGAUGUUUGGAAAAUGGGAUAUACUGGAAAAAAUGUUGUUGUUACAAUUAUUGAUGAUGGUGUUGAUUACAGACAUCCAGAUUUAAUAGAUAAUUACUUACCUGAAGUAUCAAUAAACUUUGUAGAAAAUAAUUAUGACCCAAGACCACCUUUAAAUUCAAAAAUAUCUAAUGAUCAUGGAACUAACUGUGCUGGAUUAAUAGCAAUGAAAGCAAAUAAUUCAAUAUGUGGAGUUGGAGUUGCAUUUGAAGCAAAAUUUGGUGCAAUUCGUUUAGUGGGUGGAGAAGUAACUUCAUUGGAAGAAUCAAAAGCUUUUAGUUAUAAUGUCAAUAAAACAGAUAUUUUUAGCUCAAGUUGGGGUCCACCUGAUGAUGGAAAAACUCUUGAAACAGUUCAUUCUUUAGUAGAAGAAGCAAUUAGUAAUGGUGUUAUGUAUGGUAGAAAAAAAAAAGGAUCUAUCUUUAUAUUUGCUUCUGGCAACGGUGGUAUAAAAAAUGACAGUUGUACUAUGGAUGGAUUAGCUUCACAUGUUUUUACAUUUCCAGUAUCAGCUGUAGGGCCUUCAUUUCAACGUCCCAGUUAUAGUGAGAAAUGUUCUACUGCACUUAUAUCAACUUUUUCUAACAGUAAAUAUGAAAGAGAUGAAAAAGAAAGUUUACUUUCAACAGGUAUAUUUAAUAAAUGUGACUUAAAAUCAGUUGGAACCUCUGCUUCAGCACCAUUAUUUGCUGGCAUUGUUGCUUUAGUCCUGGAAGCACGUAAUAAUCUAACAUGGAGAGAUUUAAAAUAUAUUACUAUUUUAACAGCAAAUCCAAUACCAAUGAUUUUAGAAUCUAAUAACAAUUGGAUAAUAAAUGGAGCGGGAUUUCUUCAUAAUCCAUAUUUUGGAUUUGGUUUAGCUAAUGCUAAAGAUAUGGUUACUGAAGGAAUAUUAUGGGAACAUGUACCAGGAUUAAAUGAAUGUCAAAUUAAAUUUCAAAAUUUUGAACCUCAAAAAUGGGAAAAAAACACACUCCUUCAAGGUUCUUUUUAUUUUAGUGCGUGUAGUGAUACUGGAAAUAAAAUUAUUGUUGCUGAAUAUAUUCAACUUAAAAUAACAACACAAAAUGUAAAACGAGGAAGUAUUCAAUUGUGGUUAAACAGUCCUAGUAAUACACAACUUCAAUUAAUUUAUGAAAGAAAUCUUGAUAAUAGUACACAUAUUAAUAAUUAUGCAUUCAAUUCUGUUGCAAUUUUCGGUGAAAAUCCAGAAGGAAUAUGGAAUAUUGAAAUAGCAGAUAGUUCUGGAGAAGGAGUUUUAAAGGACAUUACUUUUAGUGUUUUUGGUACGACUAAAAAAUCUAAAUAUUUAGAAACAAAAAAAAAAUAUGGUUUAUCAGAUAUUCAUAAAUAUUUAAAACAAGAUAAACGAAAUUUUGAAUUUAAAAAUUACUAG